GGGGGGGAGAGAUAUGGCAUCCGCUAAAUUUCUACCACUUCAGUGAUAGGGAGAAAAAAAAGAGUCGUAAUAUCGUAAUUACAAUCGCAGGAUAUGUAACGACGUUUAUGAUAAAAAGCAGCCGUUUAGAUAAAAAGUAAUUUCGCUAAUCCGAGGUAGUGUCUCGGCUCACAUCUUGGCUGAUCCAAAACACUUGUUCUCGAGACCGAAAUUAUAAUUCUCUGGACUGCGGUCAAAAAGUCGGCCGGUGAAGUUGCUCCAACUUCGUUGCUGACUCAUCUCGAGUUAGACCGCUGGACCGCGCGCCUCUUUUUUUGCUUCAUCUCAUCCCUCUGGAAUUCGACGUACAUAAGCGUGAGAGGAAGAUAGAGAGAAGUAGAGGGAGGAGGAGGGAGCAGACCGGUAUACGAUCUGUGUGAUACAUUGCUCGGUAUUUGCAAAGAAACCUGUAGUGUAUUUACAGCAGAUUGCAGAUUGCGUACGAAGGCAGAAAAAUCGACUCGGUCGAUAUUUACGGAACAUUCUGUACAAAUUUGCAUGUCUAUCUGUUCAUCUUUUUGGGGAUACCGAAUACACAUAUUUGUAUUUUUACAUGCGUCCAAUAUAUUUAUUUAUUUAUUUUCCUUUAUUCGAACAUCGUCGACGAAGGUACAGGCGAAUAGCACAGUACACAAAACGUUCACGACGAAAUUCUACAGGAGAGAGAAAAACCUCCCGUCACGCAAUCCCACGGGUCCAAACGUUAUAGUUAUAUCGUUUUAAUCCAAUCAUAUUUUUAUGAUUUCGACAAGUCGUCCUUGAAGAGAACGCUCACGCAAAUUCUGCACGAUACUUACAUAUAACAUGCCUGAAAGCGCGAUCGUGAAUUUUCAAAGCGGAAAAAGUAUUGAUGCGGCGACAUUUAUGAAUUCGAUUUGAAUAUAAACGUCGCGAAGUAUGACGAGGAAUUACAGUAUGAUUCAACUGUUCCGCGCGUGCCAGAGAGAGAGAGAGAGAGACAUCGUCGAGGCGUUUCGUAGCAAAAUUAAUGAAUUACUGAUCGGCAAACCUAUCUAAAUGAAUUUCGCUGGAGUGUCUCGAAGCUGCAACGCGCUCGAGCGGACCGACGACCGGAUUGCGGUGAAUCUGUCUUGGGGAGAUUCGUUCGUGUCGGACAUACAAGGAGGAAAAAUGCAAAACGAAUAUAAGAUCGACGAUAAUGAUGUCGUUUACAAGGAUGUUGUAAUUAUAGGAAACGGGCCCAGCGGAAUAUGCUUGUCGUACAUGCUCGCUGGGAACUGGCCUUACUACACCGGCGAGCCUCAUCCUGGCGACGACAUGCUCACGGCGCGGCUGCACUUCAACGUAACGAACAGCAGCGAGGAAGAGGAGGAGGAAGAAGAGGAGAAGGAUGAGGAGGAGGAAGAUGCAAACGCCAACAAACGGCACCAGUACCUCGAAACCAGCGUCGUCCGGACGUCGCAGGAAGGUGGGCUGGCACGUAGCACGCGCAACAAGCUGGAGAGCUUGUCUUCCGGCAUCGAGGGCAGGGGUGGCGGACGACCCUUGGCCCUCCUGAUGGACCAAUUGCAGCACCCAUGCGUGGACGCCGGUCUGGACGUGCCGUCGUUGCUUGACUGGAGAUCCGCUAGCGAAUGUCCCGAGCACAGAGUCGUGGAUCACGUAGUCCUUGGCAAGGGUCAACCUGGCGGCGCCUGGCAGUCCAUGGAUCCUAACGUGCUAACCAUCAGCCUGAGCCGAUGGAUGUCUCUCCCCGACUUGGAUCUGAGACACUGGGAGAAACUCGUCGAGGCCGAGCAGUUGCAGAAGUCGAUAUUAACGGAGAGCGACGUGUGCGCGUACAUGCGGCAGGAAAAACUCAACGUCUGCAAAACGGCCAGUCGAGUUUCCGUGGGCACUGUAGCCGCUUAUUACAAGGACUACGUGCGCAGAAAAGGCCUGAAGCAAUACUUCCGAUGCGGGACCACAGUUACUUCGGUAAGAUCGAACUUGGAUUCGCCCGAGAACAAAAGGGGCUAUAACUGGAUCGUGGAUGGCUACGAAAACAAGAGCGGAAAGCGGUUUCGGUAUCGGUGCAAAAGAGCAGUUCUCGCGACCGGCACGACCGAUUUGUCGAAUCAGCUGGGCGUCUCCGGGGAGAAGACGCACGAUUGGGUGACGCACGAUCUCAACGAUCUCGAGACUCGCCUGGAACAUAUGUUUGACGAAUAUGACGAGAGAACGGCCGACGAAGAAGAGCAUCCCGUGUUAGUGGUAGGAGCCGGCUUGAGCGCGGCUGACGCGAUCAUGGCCGCGCGUUUUCGCGGCAUCCCCGUGCUGCACGCAUUCCGCAACUCGAAGAACGAAUGGGGUACCGCGGUCAAGAUAAGUAGCAGCUACGACCGACUGCAGUGGCUACCCAGUUCCAUAUAUCCGGAGUACCACAAAGUGUACGAAAUGAUGGCCGACGGAGGCACAAAUUAUCCUCUAUACAAGUCGCUGCCGGGAUACACGCUCGUAAGUCUCGACGAGGAUGAUUCUGACGAAAGCCUCGACGCAAACCCCAGGAGGAUGGCCACUCUAUCUGCUCCGGAUGGGCAGCUGCACACGUUCCAAGUGUCGACCGCGGCGAUUCUCAUCGGAUACAAGCCCGACUUAUCAUAUUUUGAAGGCAAUGGUGUCGGACUGAGUAAAAUCGCGGGCCGACUAAUCGACAGCAAAUCCAAUCCGAUCGAGAUCGACGACAUCACGUACGAGGUGACCAGAUCACCGGUGAAGGGGCUUUACGCGUUGGGGCCUCUGGUCGGUGAUAACUUUGUUCGCUUCGUUCUGGGUGGUGCUUUCGGGAUUCUAGCACACAUUUUGUGCACCACGAACACGUGAGAAAUAUGACAGCCGUUUACGAGAGCCGAUCGUGUCUUAGCAAAAUUGUAUUGUAUAUAGACGUACCGAGACAAUGAGAAUCAUGACUUUUACUGCUCAAUUCACGUGAGUGCUGAAAGACUACUGUUUUAGCUCCUAACGUGCUACUAAUACUGGCGGAAACGCUCGGUAAAUCUGUUUGUAUAUACUGUUGAAGUUAUUUUUAUAUUCCUUUUCACGUUACCGAGAGAGAACGACGGAUUAUUUAGCCUUCCUGGUACAGAAGGAUUGCAUAACGCAAGGAUGAUCCUAUCAUAGUAGGACUUAUGGUAGUAGCCGCUAUCGUCAAUAUGCUUAGACAUGCGAGGCAGAGCAUAACGAUGAUAGAAGACAUGUUAACUGGGAUGUGGGAUCGGUGACUGUAGUGUCACGGCGUUUGUACCUGUUAUCUGCACGAGGACCAUAAUCCAUAACCGUACUGGGAAAGUCGAGUGUACAUAAUUACUUACGUUGUUUCGUCAAAUAACCUCUUGGUGAAGGGAAAAGACCGAAAAGAUCGUUACAAUGUUUGCUCAUGAGCGAUAGCGAUAGUGAUAGUGAUAGCGUACAAAGCUGCGGUAAAGAAUGAUAUUUCAAAUAACACUUCUCUAUCUUCGAUCUAUUCGCACUUAUAAAUAACAUUCCAUUCGGCAGGUAAAUUGCGUAAAAGAGAGCGAUAGCAACACGAAAUAGUUCACGCAAUGUGUCAUUUAAUAGAUAUUAUCGACGGAUGCAUUUCACGAUUAAUGAACUCUCGAUUCAUGGGUGCGUACUUUAUACAAAUACCACUUGUCGUAGAGUCGUAUACGCAAACGGGUGGAAGUGCGAUUUAUAUCGUAACGAGUUCUCCUUCGUGAGAAGAAAAUACCAAUCACGUUUACGAUCGUAUGAGUGAUAAGACAAAUCUCGUUUAAGUUUUGGUGUUACUCAGUGCGUAUUUAUAAUUAAUUGAUGUUUGCCUCUUUACAAUUACGUUAAAUGCACACUCUCUUUCUUAAAUGCUAUUCGUAUUGCAAAUUCCUGACACAGCCGUAGGUAGAACGAUCCAAUCCGAUAUAUCGUUUCAUCCAUUCCCGGACAACUGUUGCGAAGUUUGCAGUGCUACAUGACUUCCUUCUUCAGUCUGAUCCGUUUUAUCUGCACACGAGAAUUUUCAGACGCUCUGUGUAUACGGAUCAAAAUGCUUUUAAUCGUUUUCAUCCUCGCAGGAUUGUAUUUAUUCUUUCAGAGCAAUUAAAUCACACACAUAGACACACAGUUGUGUUGGUUUAAACGCACAAAUAUUUUUAGCCACAUGCGAAUGAACAUAAAUAUUCACGUUCAUUCCUUCCAGCAGAAAUCACGUGCGUAAAUAACGGCGUGUCUCACCGAGUGAUUGUCGUUAGUUUUGACACAGAAUUUUCGAUCUAUCAUGAUAUACCUCUGCAUCUCUUAUUAAUAAGCUGUGAUUACUUUAAUGCGGUAGGCUAGUAACGCUCUUUUAUUAAUGUGAGAUAUACAUCAGUAAUAAUGCCUUUUUAGUACAAAACGUUUUUUGUUUGACUUUCGUUUUAUUAAAAUGUUGAACUUGAUGACGUUUAUUUACACUUAAUUUAGGAGCGGCGCACUUUAUAUCGUUUAUAAUUUACGCCAUUCUAUUUACAAUGCGCGGUGUAUAGUAUAUGGAUGUGCAGUAUGUGCGAUAUAAUUUAUAGGUCAUAUAUUGUAUAUUGUAUAAGAUGCAUUAUACGAGACGUAUUAUAGUUAGUUCAUACUGCUCCUAAAUAUGCAUCCGGAAAGAAAGCGCUUUUCGUAUCCUUCUUAUAUUUCAAACAAAUUUUCAUGUUGAUAUUUGAUGAUAUCCUAUGAAAAAACGAGAAAUAUUUUUUGUCUGUAACAAAAGCUUGUAACAAUACUGUAACAAAAAGCCUAAUAUACUUAGAUAUAUUACAACAAAUUAUAUAAUAAUAGCGGUAGAACCGAAUAUAGUAUUUAGUGAAUACUAUAAACAUUAUAGUACACAUGAAGAAUCAAGUGGACAUUGUACAUAUUGAUUUAUAGCACAGUGACAUAUACGUAAGGUUUUUAGAAGUUUUAUUGAUACAAAAAUUGAUAUACAUAUUAUAUACAUAUGUAUCCUUAAUAUAUACAUGUGUGUGUGUGUGUGUGUGUGUGUUUGUGUGCGUAUGUGUAUAUUGAUAUUAGUUAAAUAAUGAUAGCGACAAUGCAUAAGUAUGAACACAAAAAUACUUAACACACAAUCUGUGAUAGGAGAUGUAAUGUUCAAGAAGGCGGUAUAUAAAUGCAAUGGAAUAGUGGAGAAAAUAAAUAAAUCAAAUCUUGAAUACACUGUACAGUAUUAAAUAUAUUUGUAUAUGUGUAAGUGUGUACACAUACAUUACUAUACAAUGUAUUCAAUAUCUGAUUUAUUUAUUUUCUUCUCUAUUUAUAUAUAUUUACUACUGUACAACGUAUUCAAGAUUUGAUUGAUUCAUUUUCUUUGCUAUUUCAUUGCAUAUCAAAUAUCAACAUGAAAUUAGAUUGCGGAACAAGUUUAAUAUUUCUUAAAACGACUAAUGCCACAUUUACACACUGUUAAAUAUUCUUAUCAGAUUAAUCGAUGAAUGGAUUAAAAUAGACAUUUAAAUA